AUGCAUCGACGCAAGGCGAUAGCGCCUGCUAGUAUAGCAGACAGCAGCGGCGUGAUUCUUCUACUGCUGCUGGGCUCUGCGUUGCUCUGCUUUCCAAGCGCCACAGACGGCGCGAGACACAAGACGCUUCGGUCGCAGGGAGUGGUAUCGAGCAGCCGGACCAUAGCGCACACGAUAUGGACGUCAGGAAGCACGAUUCUUCGUGGCAAUGUCAACGCCGGUAAAAGGAGCAACACUGGCAGCACUACAGUUCCUGCCACUACCGCCGGUGCUACAACCGCCGCUGCUGGCUCCGCGGCUGCUACAGCCGCGGCGGCGGGCGCGGGGUGCGCGGCGUCGGCGCUGGAGGGGUUCGCGUGGUCGGCGGCUCUGGGGUCCACUGGAAUGACGCUGCAUUGGCGCGCAGUGGACUCGUCGCGCCUCGCCUUGGCGCUAGAAGCGGCGGGCGGCAGCGCGGCGGCGGCGGGGUGGUUCGCCGUGGGGUGGUCGGCGACGGGCCGCAUGGCGGCGUCCGACGCCGUGGUGGGCAAUCUGGCGGGCGGCGCCGCCGUCCAGGCGGUGUACAUGAGCGGCACGGCGCAAAGUGACGUUCAGCCCACAAGCAGCUUCGAUAUCGGCAACGCGCAGCUCGCCACGUCACCCUCGGGAUCCACCAUUUUCAAGUUCAACCGCUCUGCAGGUGACGGCUCAGUGCCGGUGAGCGUGCAGGGCAGCAACACACUCGUGUGGGCGCACUCCCCCGAUGGCUCGCAGUCGCUCGGCUUCCACGCCGGAUAUGAUGGAGCGCUGCAAGUGGACUUCGCGUGCUCCUCUGCCUCGUCCGGAGGGGGAGGGGGUGGCGGCACUGGUGGGGGCGCGGGGGGAGGCACUGGCGGAGGUGGGGGCGACUACGGGGGUGACUACAACGGGGGGAACAAUGGGGGUGGUGAUUACGGUGGUGGUAAUGGCGGCGGUGAUUAUAACGGGGGGAAUGGAGGGGACUACAAUGGUGGAGGUGACAAUAAUGGGGGGAGCGGUGGUGACUAUGGGGGUGGCAGCGGUGGUGGGGGGAGUGGUGGUGGCGGAGGUAGAGGUGGUGGGGGUGCUGGAGGCGGAGGAAGGGGAGGCGGUGGGGGGGACUGCAGAAGAGGGCCUGGGGGCGGACGUGGGGGACCUGGUGGGGGACAGGGAGGGCCUGGGGGCGGGCAAGGCGGAUUCGGUGGGGGACAGGGGGGAUUUGGAGGAGGACAGGGCGGACCUGGGGGCGGGCAGGGCGGAACUGGUGCUGGGGGCGGGCAAGGGGGAGCUGUGGGCGGCAAUGGUGGUGACUACAGCAACGGAGGGGGCUACAGCGGCGGCAAUGGCGGUAAUGGUGGGAGGAACACAGUCGGACAAGGUGGGUACUACAGCGGUGCAGGAGGGGGGGGAGGGGCUGGUGGUGCUGCUGCUGCUGGUGGGGGCUGUGGGGGAGGGCAAGGGCAAGGCGGGGGGCCUGGGAAUGGGCAGGGCGGACCUGGGAGCGGGCAAGGGGGAGCUGGAGGAGGGCAGGGGGGACCUGGGGGGGAUUAUGGUGGGGGAAGCAAUGGCGGAGACUAUGGUGGUGGGAAUGGUGGUGGUGACUAUAGUGGGGGGAAUGGAGGGGAUUACAACAAUGGUGGUGACUACAGCGGGGAGACCACUGGAGGGGGCAAUGGUGGUGGCAAUGGUGGUGACUAUAACGGAGGGAGCUACACUGGGGACUACAGUGGGGAUUACAGCGGAGGGACGGGUGGCAGUCAGGGCGGCAGUCAGGGAGGCCCAUCUGGGGGCGGUAUGAGUGGAGGCGGAGGCAUGGGCGGUGGAGGCAUGGGCGGCGGAGGCAUGGGCGGCGGAGGCAUGGGCGGCGGAGGCAUGGGCGGCGGAGGCAUGGGCGGCGGAGGCAUGGGCGGCGGAGGCAUGGGCGGCGGAGGCAUGGGCGGCGGAGGCAUGGGCGGCGGAGGCAUGGGCGGCGGAGGCAUGGGCGGCGGAGGCAUGGGCGGCGGAGGCAUGGGCGGCGGAGGCAUGGGCGGCGGAGGCAUGGGCGGCGGAGGCAUGGGCGGCGGAGGCAUGGGCGGCGGAGGCAUGGGCGGCGAAGGCAUGGGCGGCGGUGCUGCUGGCGGGGGAAUGGGAGGGCCUGGGGGAGUGACUGGCGGAGGAGGCAUGGGCGGUGGUGCUGCUGGUGGUGGCAUGGAAGGGUCUGGGGGGAUGGGCGGAGGCGGAGGGAUGGGCGGUGGUGGGGGGAUGGGAGGAGGCGGGGGCAUGGGAGGAGGCGGGGGCAUGGGAGGGGGCGGAGGAAUGGGAGGGCCUGGGGGUGGCAUGGGCGGAGGAGGGAUGAGGGGAGGGGGAGGGAUGGGCGGAGGUGGAGGCAUGGGGGGAGGAGGCAUGGGGGGAGGAGGCAUGGGGGGAGGAGGCAUGGGGGGAGGAGGCAUGGGGGGAGGAGGCAUGGGAGGGGGCAGGCCUUAG